AUGGGGAAGAGGGUAGCUGUCGUCGGAGCUGGUGUCAGUGGCUUGGCUGCCAUACGGUGCUGUCUGGAAGAAGGGCUCGAGCCCACCUGCUUCGAAAGGAGUGAUGAUGUUGGAGGCCUGUGGAAAUUCUCGGACUACGCAGAAGAAGGCAGAGCCAGCAUUUACCAGUCUGUAUUCACGAACUCCUCCAAAGAAAUGAUGUGCUUUCCAGACUUUCCUUACCCUGAGGAUUACCCAAACUACAUGCACCACAGCAAGCUCCAGGAGUACAUAAAGUCAUUUGCUCAAAAGAAGAAUCUUUUAAGAUACAUACAGUUUGAGACCCUGGUUUCCAGCAUACAAAAAGUUCCCAACUUCUUAGUCACUGGCCAAUGGGUUGUUGUUACUGAAAAAGAUGGGAAGCAGGAAUCUACUAUUUUUGAUGCUGUAAUGGUUUGUUCUGGACAUCAUGUGUAUCCUAAUCUACCAACUGGUUCCUUCCCUGGCCUAGAACAGUUCCGAGGCUACCACCUCCACAGCAGGGAUUACAAGGGCCCAGAGGCAUUCAAGGGGAAGAGAGUCCUUGUGAUUGGCCUUGGGAACUCGGGAUCUGACAUCGCGGUUGAGCUCAGCCGUCUGGCUACACAGGUCAUUAUCAGUACCAGAAGUGGUUCUUGGGUCAUGAGCCGAGUUUGGGAUGAAGGCUACCCUUGGGAUAUGGUGUAUGUUACCCGCUUUGCAUCGUUUCUCCGGAGUGUCCUCCCAUCGUUUAUCUCUGACUGGUUAUACACCAAGAAGAUGAACACAUGGUUUAAACAUGAGAACUAUGGCCUGAUGCCUCUAAAUGGCACCUUGAGGAAAGAGCCUGUGUUCAAUGAUGAGCUCCCAGCUCGCAUUCUCUGUGGCACUGUGUCCAUCAAGCCCAACGUGAAGGAGUUCACGGAGACCUCAGCCGUUUUUGAGGAUGGGACCGUGUUCGAGGCCAUUGACUCCGUCAUCUUUGCAACAGGCUAUGAGUAUGCCUACCCCUUCCUUGAUGACUCCAUCAUCAAAAGCAGAAACAAUGAAGUUACUUUGUUUAAAGGCAUCUUCCCACCACUAAUAGAAAAGCCAACCUUGGCUGUGAUUGGCCUUGUCCAGUCCCUUGGAGCUGCCAUCCCCACAGCUGACCUGCAGGCCCGCUGGGCUGCUAAAGUGUUUGCAAAUUCAUGUACCCUGCCAACAGCAAAUGAGAUGAUGGCUGACAUUGAAGAGAAAAUGGGGAAGAAACUCAAGUGGUUUGGGCAGAGCAAUACCUUGCAGACUGAUUACAUCACAUACAUGGAUGAGCUGGGCUCAUUCAUAGGGGCCAAGCCUAACAUACCAUGGCUCUUUCUAACUGAUCCCCAGCUGGCCCUGGAGGUGUUCUUCGGCCCUUGUAGUCCAUAUCAGUUUCGACUGAUGGGACCUGGAAAGUGGGAUGGGGCGAGAAAUGCAAUCCUGACUCAAUGGAGCCGGACAAUGAAGCCAACCAGGAUGAGAACUAUUUGUGAAGCUCAGCGGCCCCAUUACGUUCAUAGUUUGCUAAAAAUGCUUGCAUUCCCAGUGCUCCUUCUGGCUGCUUUGCUUGCACUUUAUUAA